AUGACUGGAGGCGACCACGAUUCAGUGAUCCCGGCCCAGGUUUCGUACCUUGCCAUCUAUAACCCGACCCUCGGACCUACCGACGAGACGAUAGCGGAUCAGAUCGUGUACUAUACUUCGCAAGCGACACAUCAACGAGAAAGUACUGGGAGCACAGAAAGCAGUGAAGAGUCGAAGGAUUUGGAAAAUGAAAGACUGCGCCAGAUCGGCCUGGCGCAAGGUUUGGUGAACUUUGCUAGUAAUUUUUCGGACGGGAAAUCCCUCGAAUAUGUUGAAACAGACAAAUCACGGGUCAUACUACUUGAGCUGGAGAAGAACUGGUGGAUUGUUGCUUCUAUCGAUCUGACACGACUCCCCGCCGAUAACGCGCAGAAAAGCGUAUCCGAAGAACACACCCCGGUGUUUCAAUACUCAUCGCGUGAGAUGACACCACCGCCUCUACUGAUUCAGCAGUUGCGUCGCGCGCAUUCGACAUUUCUCUUACAUCAUAAUUUUACAUUGGACGAACUCUUGAACCAAGUUGGCAGAACCAAGUUAUGCCUAUUUCUUGAUCGAUUUUGGGAUAAAUUCACCUGGAAUUGGGAGCUUCUGUUGACCGGUAACCCAAUUGUUGAGAUCUACAAUGGCAUCAAACUCUCUGCGGGAGGGGAGUUGGGGAUCGGCGUUGGAGAGGAAGAGUGGGGCAGCGGGGAAAGAGAAGUACUCGAGGACUUUGUGACAAGGACAGAAGGCUUGGUGGAUUUGAUUGUCUCCAGGUUUGGCGAUCCUUCUCCACCCUUUGAGGAGCCUUCCCACUCCACAGACUCUGAUCAAAGCCCAUGGCUCGGAUCAGAUAACCACCCCAGACCGUCUGAUGGUGUGGUUUUCACCGGCAUUGGCGCUCUUUCUCGACAUUCUUUGGCCCAUGUUUCACACUGGAUGGAAUCGAUUUAUCGGUUUGGCGAUGCUGCUUAUGGCGUUGGGAGAGACCCAGGCUCGCUACGUCGUCGCAAAGUGCGGAAACCACGCGGACGGCAGAGUUCUGAAAAUGCUUCUCAGCAACUUUCGCCUGACCGUAGCUUUACACCUGGCAUACCUCGUCCACUUAUAAUGGCGACACCAGAACCAGUUCAAGAGGCCCCCGGGGCUGAUCACACGGGAGUCCGGAACGAGGCCUCGCCGCUCCGACACGAGCAACAAAACGACAGCAUGAGCUUUCCCACAGAAACGGUUAUGAAGUACCUUACUCUUGGAUAUGGCUCUUCGUGGAGCUUUUCUCCCAGAUCACCAGCUAUCUCACCUCCCAAUAGCUCUGACCCAGCGGGAGACGACUCUCACUCAACGCCGACUCAAGAUCGACCUAGCAACACUGCCCAAUCUCCGCCGGUGGACAGCAAUCAUAGAAGCGACCCGAAUCCCAAAUAUCUGGGUCGGUUCGUUCUGGGACCCCGUGAUGAUCUCCAAACGUUGGAUGAUUUGGAAGAAGGAAGCCCAGAGCCUGAAUCGGAGAAUGGUAAACCCAAGACUCGCAUAGUACGCAGAACUCUAUACCUCCAUCUUGGUGGAGCAGAUGCAGCUCCAAAGGAGCUUCAGGCCGUGAUAUACGUGCACCAACCAUUCAUGUUCACAUUCCUAUUUGAUCCCGAGACAUCCUGCUUGUCGUCUCCGUCCCUCUACUCAAGUAUGCAUCAUCAACUUGGCCCUCUCCAAAAACCCCUCCUGUCAUCUACUUCCCCGACAAUGGCUGCAUCUCGAGUCUCCAUGUCAGAAAGCUCAGACCCCAGCAAACGCUUUUCAGCCAGAACUCACUCAAUCUAUGACCUGGUCUAUGAUCCAUCAAAUCUCACUAUCCGCUCAUCAAUCCCCAACAUCCCGAGCCUGAGCAUCUCACUUCAACCCCAACCCAAUCUCCCCUCUUCAUCCUCCCCCUGGUCCCGAGUCGAGAGCCUGACUAUCCACCAUCGCCUCCUAUCCACCCACACAGAUACACGUGCCCGGCCACAAGAACUCGAGCGCACGAGUAAAACUAAUCGCGGGUGGUGGGUCGUCUGGGUACGCAUUCCACAAAAGUCUCUAUCAACAGCAUCUUCCUCGGCAGCGCUGUCGUCUAUAGCCGACGAUCCCUUCGCGCCACCACAGGCCCCACUGGCUCCACAAGAGGCCUUCAUCGUCCGCAAAGCGAGUGAUUAUGUCUCCCCAACAGGCCAUGGACGUGUUAGUAGUAGUGCGCGCUUCUUCCGGGACCUUGGCGGUGCUUCUGCCGGCCUGACAUAUCGUGCGGAUACAGCGCCUUCGAAGCUGGUUGAGGGGCUUGGAAUGGAUGCGAGAAGAUAUAUUGAGGGCUUGUUAAGUCUGAAUCGAUAG